UAGGCAGUGUCAUAACUCAGCUGGAGGAAAACUGGCGUCAGACUGUAUUAUGGCUUAAACAAAAUCUCCUUCAUUCUUUUUAAACACGUUCAAUUACCCCGUGUAUGAGCAACAUUUGUGUGUUAACCUGAGCACGCUGGUACAAAUAUACAUGUUAGAAAUGCUUCCAUACAUGUGAAUACGCCCGGCUAUGCUACUUAGGGACACGUCUUAUCAGUUUCAGCUUUAUCCCGAUGAAGGCCAUUACGCUGGUCACAGACUAUCAAGCAACAAACAACACCGUAAAGACCUACAACUCCCGGCAUCCCCCGGGGCACUUCAGGUCCUUGGAAGGAGGAGGGAGCGAUGGACGGGAUUGGUGUUGCGCAUGCGUCGCCUGCUUCGGGCUGAGAAGUGGUGCAAGCGGCUAGGGAUAAAAUGCAUAAACUUAAAUCGUCUCAGAAGGACAAGGUGCGUCAGUUUAUGGCAUUUACCCAAGCUGGGGAAAGGACUGCAAUAUAUUGUUUAACACAGAAUGACUGGAAAUUAGAACUGGCAACAGACAACUACUUCCAGAACACAUCGUUGUACUGCAAAGAAUCAAUGAAAAGUACAGUAGAUAAAAAGAAAUUAGAACAAUUGUAUAACAGAUACAAAGAUCCCCAAGAUGAAAAUAAAAUAGGUAUAGAUGGAAUUCAGUUGUUUUGUGAUGACUUACACCUGGAUCCUGCAAGUACCAGUGUAUUAGUUAUUGCUUGGAAGUUUAGAGCAGCCACACAAUGUGAAUUUAGUAAAAAGGAGUUUAUUGAUGGAAUGACAGAGCUUGGGUGUGACAGCACAGAUAAAUUAAGGGUGCAGCUACCUCGGCUAGAACAAGAUCUCAAAGACCCCCUCAAAUUCAAAGACUUCUAUCAGUUUACAUUUAAUUUUGCAAAGAAUCCUGGGCAAAAGGGACUAGAUUUGGAUAUGGCAGUUGCUUAUUGGAAUCUAGUGUUGUCUGGAAGAUUUAAAUUUUUAGAUCUUUGGAACACAUUUUUGUUUGAACAUCAUAAAAGGUCAAUUCCAAAGGAUACAUGGAACCUUCUCUUGGAUUUUGGCAAUAUGAUUGCAGAUGAUAUGUCUAACUAUGACGAAGAAGGUGCAUGGCCUGUUCUUAUAGAUGAUUUUGUAGAGUAUGCAAGACCAUUAGUCACAGGAGGAAAACGUAAACCUCUUUAGCUAAAGACUGCUAAGAAGGACUAAUGAUGCUUCGUCAUUUCAUUGGAUAAUGAAGACUUUUUAUUUGGUUAAUGGCCGAGAAGACCUUGCGGCAGACAGUUCUGGACCUACAAAAAAUCCUUGUCAGAAUUCUGCCUGAACCAUGUUGGUGGGCUGCUCUUGGACAGGAAUUUGCCCUAGAGAGGGCACUGGUAGUUUGUGGGAUGCUGGCUUCAUAUCUUAUAUUGGUUGUAUCUUAUAGGAUGUAGAGAAUGCAUGAUUUUAUACUUUGGAGCAAUUACAAUAGAGGCCAUUUUAUUAAAAGGAGAAAAUAUUUAAUGAGCAUGCCAUUCCGUUUAUGAGCCAGAAGUAAACACCAGCAAUUAAUUAUCAGCUGUAUUAUAUUGUAACUAUAUAAAAAGCAGUAUUUGUGGUAUAAAUUCUAUCUGAUGAGAACUUGUAUGGCAUGUUGUAUUUUUUAUCACUAACCCUUUGAUACAAUAAUGAAAAUAAUAUAGGCAAGGCCAGGUGACCCUUACAAAGCAAAACCGGUAUAGAACCUAAUUUGACAUUAUAAAGCUCUGGUUCAAAACCAGGUCCACCCAAUGUGAUCUUCAAUAAGCCCUCUUGUGUACCUAGGCCUUGGGUACAAAAAUUAAGUUGUAAGCUCUUCGGGGCAAGGAUUCAUUCUGACUAUGUCAAUGUAAAAAAAAACAUAAAUUAUAGUGUUAACGAGCUUUAAUGUAUAACUCAUGCCUUUGUUUUUUAUUUAAAUUGAUAUCUAAUUAAAUAAUAUUUAAACUGUA